AUGAGUCUGACGCAACAACUGAAAACAGAGGUCUGCUCCAAACCCCAGUCUGGACCUUUAUGUCGUCCUGUGGCUGGAACAUUGUUUGCAGAGAUUUUAUCGAGCCAGAGAGCUGCACCUAUUCCCCACGUCGAGAGAACUGCAUUUUCCAAGUGUGCAGUCAGGUACGGGCUGGAGUCUCGGUGCUGCGUGCCUUGCUCCACUGCGGGACGCCUUCACAGUGUUCUCCAGGUCAGCCCAGAGGAGCUCAUCCGAAAGCUUCGAGAGACAGUUACAGCUUUGGAAACCCCAGAGGUGGGACCACUUGCAAUACCUCCAGCCAGGGACAGUGAGCUGGGGACAAAAACAAAGUGCUCUGGGAAUCCAGAAUUGGCUAACUCUGCUGAUGAAGAGGAACAGGAAAGCAGUGGCUUGGAAAACGUGUCAGCUGGCAUCAAUUGUGAUCCAGUGUCCACCGUCUGGAGGAUGGAUGGCAAAGCCUCAGAGAAUGGCAGAAGUGGGAGAAGAACUCUGGGUCUCCAAAUGACCAAGUGGAGUACAGCUACCCACCAGCCUGAGCCUUGCAUCAAAGUGUUACAUGAGAAAGAAAUUCACUUCAAUCUUCUUCAAACCACUGAAUUAUUUUGGUUCUCUUUGUUAUGGUAGCCUAGCCUCACUCUAACCCUCUACUGCAUUUCUGGAAACUAGCAAAGUGUUUGGUACAGAGCAGAGGUUCAACAUGUAUUUGUAGGGUAACCCACUGAAUUUGUUGAGUAGCCAAUCUGAAUAAUUGUCUGUGCGCCAAAACUCCUUGGAAGAUGGACUGUAUCUUCUACUUGUUUCCUUCCACAUCAAGCAUAGCAUUGAGUAUACAGUAGGUGACCAAAGAAUGAAUGGAGAAAUGAGGAAGAGAGAAAUAUUGGGCAUGCAUGUUCACAUUUGUACACCUUUUCACAUUUUUCCAGUAAGAGAAAUAUUUUUCAAAUAGUUAUAAUAUAUUCUUAUAUGAAAAGCAAUUCAGGGGUGCCAGGUAGCUCAGUGGGUUGUGUCUGACUCUUGGUAUUGGCUCAGGUCAUGAUCUCGUAGUUG